ACGAGUAUGGUGAGGAAGGCCAUCGCUCGUCUAUUGGGGUUUCGCAUGUCGGUCCUUCUAUCCCACCAUUGCACGAGGGAAUCUUCAAGGUGCCAAUUGAAGGUGUUCAUGUGCACAAGACCAAACUCGUCGAUGACGUUAUUCCCUCCCGUCCGUAGUCUGUAGUCUGUACUGCGCCGCCGCCGGCUGGUCUGGUACUCAGCUCGCAUCUCGGGGACAUGUCGAAGAAAAUUGUGGUGAAGCUGGAGGUGAACAGCGGCAAGGAUAAGCAGAAGGCCAUGAAGGCCGUGUCGGCGCUCGUCGGCAUAGACGCGCUGUCCGUGGACAUGGCCACCCGCAAGAUGACGGUGAUCGGCAUGGUGGACCCGGUGGACGUGGUGAGCAAGCUGCGCAAGGCGUGGUCGGCGUCCCUCGACUCCGUCGGCCCGGCCAAGGAGCCCGAGAAGGAGGGCAAGAAGAAGGACGGGGACGGCAAGAAAGACGGCGCCGACGCCAAGAAGGAAGGGGAGGGGGAGAAGAAGGACGGCGACGGCAAGGACGGGGCCAAGAAGGACGACGGCGAGGCGAAACCGCCGCAGCCGACGGAGGAGCAGCUCAUGGCCGAGUUCAUGAACCAGUACAGAUCGGCCUAUUCGGCUUACCACAACCCCUACAUGAACAGCCACUACGUCGUGCAGAGCAUGGAGGAGAACCCCAACUCCUGCGCCAUCUGCUAAGAACGCGACCGCUGCGUGAUGUGAUUAUGCAGAGUACGUGUGGUACAAAGACGCUGCUUGCUCUCUUCUGGCGUGUAUGCCGUUUCUGUGCAGAAUGCAGUUAUGGGCAGGGAGGACAUUCACGUGCAAAACUUUCUGUAUGGGACAAUUAUAACUGCAACGACCUGUGAGGCAAUUUUGGUUUUUUAAAAUAUGUAGAAUAUAUUAUGAAAAUAUGCGCCAUGCAUGUGUGAAGAUCCACUGACUUGCGGUCUUUGGCUUCAAACUGCAAAAUGGAUCAGUAUCACGUUUUUUUGCGAGGGAUUUGUAUCACAUUAACAGUUAUACUCCAACCG